CAGAUUUGAUCUAACUGGGACGUCAAAACUAAAUAUUUUACUGUACAAUACAGCAAGGCCCACCGACGCCUCGAAAAUAAGUGUCAAUUUCAGGCGCGUUACGUUUAGUAUGGCGUUUUUAUUAUCACACGUCCUUCAUCGUUAGCCCUGGAAAACAAUGCUCGUCACGGGCGCGAGUCACUUUGAAUCGCGACGUUAGCCACUUGUAGCAUUAGCAAGGUGUCAAAUGCAGACGCGUUAGCCAUCCGUUGGAUUUAAUACGAGCGCUCGCAUUUCAGUUUGUUUUUGUGUUGGGGGGGUUUACUAAGAUUAUGGUUAUGUUACUCGAUUAAUUAUAAUAACGUGGUAGUUGUCUGACAUACAGUAACCGGCGUCGCCCGGUGUUUUUAUUUCUCUCGGCUUCUUGCCCUAAUUAAAACUCUGGCGUUAGCUUAGCUUCAACCGUCAGUCAGUCAGCAAACUGGACAAAACGUUGGAUUUAGUCGGCUUUAAGUCGAGCUCGGCGGGCUCGCUGACCCCUCAGAAGAAAAUGAAGAAGAGGAAGGAGCUGAACGCCCUCAUCGGACUCGGGGACAGUAAGAGAAAGAAGACGAAGAAGGGCUCCGGUCACCGGCUCCUUCGAACCGAGCCUCCGGAUUCGGAGUCUGAUUUUAGUUCGGGGGACGACGAGUUCAAUGGAAUGAGCAGCGGAGCGAGCUUCAGCAAGCGAAGUUACAGUCAAUGCUGCUCUGUGUGCUACCCUUUGUUUCUCUUCAUCAUUCUCGCCGCUUGCGUCAUGGCCUGCGCUGGACUCAUAUGGAUGCAGAUUGCCUUGAAGGAAGAUCUGGACUUAAUGAAAGAAAAACUGCACAACAUGGAAUCCACCCAAAAGGCAUCUUCAAGUGAAAUAGCAAAAUUAAGUGAGGAACUCAAAAACAAGGAAAGGAAGCUUGAUGACAUUGAGAAUGGCGACAAAGGGUUGAGCAAACUGUGGUUCAACCUUACAGACAUCAAUAGAAAGAUCACCUCGCUGGACUCUGCUGUAACCCACUUAAAGGCCAAUUUAAAAUCGGCCUCUGAUUUAAUCAGCCUGCCCACUACAGUGGAAGAACUUCAAAAGAGUGUGGCCACGAUCGGCAGCACGCUAACAAGCGUUCAACACGACGUGACAACGAUGCAGUCCGCGCUCGAAACUCGGAAGAAUUCAGCCGACGGGAUGAAAGUGACAAUGGACAUAAGUGAACUGAAGAAAGUGGUGAGCGAGGCCAACCAGACGGAGGCCAAACACCACACAUGGAGCGACGAGCAGAUCCACGUGCUCCUGUCUACUGUCGCUGAGCUCCGGCGUAGAGUGUCAGCGUUGGAGAGCGGCCCCAAACAAAACAUGAGCUUUGAGUUGAAAGACGGCGACUUUCAGCUCUCUAACAGCAGCAGGCCUCAAACGACUGAGAAGAUUCCCGAGACCCAAACGUCGUUACCAGACGACUCCACGCUAAGUCCUGACGCACAGGCAAGCAGACAGCCACGCUUCCUCCCCCCGAAUCGCUCCAAGAGAAAUAGCGACGUCAAAUGCCAAAAGAGGCGCUUGCUCCCUGGAGUCACCUUGAAAGGCCUGACAGAAAUGUUAGCAGAUGCCAGUGGCAAUGCGUCGGGCCUGACGUACGAAGAGCUGUGGAGCAAACUGGGGCCGUCGACUCCCAAGGCUCGUGCGCUCAGGUGCUUCGACAGCAACGGCGACCAGCGGUACUCCCCGACGGAGCUGCGAGCCGCUUUUGGGCUGUGAGCGAGUGACCCACGCACGGCCGCCGACACUAUUGAAGGAAGCCCGGCAGGGUUCUGGUGGACGCUCGAUGGAAUUACUGCACUUUUUUUGCGUGCAAACCGAUUGUCACCUUCCAUUUACGACCUCGGCUCCUGACCCAAAACUUGCGCUCAUCUACAGAAUGUUCACUCAAGUCUUCACUGACAACACCACAUUGAGGUUUUUGCUGCAUAAAUGUCCCACACCUCCCUUCACGCUUCCAACCGGUACAAACAAGCGUGAAAUGUAUUUAUAAACUUUUUAAUGACUGUUUACAAACUUGACUACUAGAAGAAGAUCCUUCCAUCCUGUCCCCGUUUUUAGCCAUUUAAUUGAAUAGUAUAUUUAAUGUAUUCAAAUCACUUAAGCAUAUUGGGGUUUUUUUUCCCAUCUUUAUUUUAACUCAAGAUUUGAAGGGCUAUGUUCACCUGGAAACACUAAUUGAUGUAGCAAUAAUGAGGCAUAGCAUGCAGUCGAGCAGGGGUGGGCAACCUGCAGCACGUGGGCCAACAACAGAUUAGCCAGGAAUGCUCAGAAGAAACUAUUCUUUCAUCAUUGUAUCGGAAUUUAUUAAGGAUGGCCCACAGAUGACUUGAUUAAAUAGGAGGAAGGUGUCCCACCCUUUAUUUAGAUGCACCAUAUGUAACAGGUAGUACAAGCACUGGGAAGAAAAAAAAAAACUCAUUUUAGGGGCAGUCUAAUGUAUUUAUGGAAUUGUUCCUAAAAUGGCCAUUCUGUUAAAAAAAA